AUGAAGCCUAACCCCUUCGUGUCCUUCCUCGCAACCACCGCCAUCUUCGUGACCGAGACCAUGGCCACCGCCGCAGUGAACUCGGCCCCGGCCGCCACCGCCACGCUCCAGAGCCUCGCGAGCGAGAGGGUCGAGACCACGCUCUCGAUCCCCGCCAUCACCAUGGACGAUUACCUUGGUCUGAACGCGGCCCUGUACGAAUGGGCGGACAGCUACGACUCCAAGGACUGGGACCGUCUGCGCAAGUGCAUCGCCCCAACUCUUCGUAUCGACUACCGCUCCUUCCUCGACAAGAUAUGGGAGGCCAUGCCCUCGGAAGACUUCAUCGCCAUGAUCUCGGACAACUCGGUGCUCGGGGACCCCACGCUACGCACGCAGCACUUUGUCGGCGCGUCCCGCUGGGAGCGCGUGUCCGCCGACGAGGUCAUCGGCCACCACCAGCUCCGCGUGCCCCACCAGCGCUACGACAAGGACCCGACCCCGGGCGCGGCCGCCCCGGCGAGGCCCCGCCCGCGUCACCCUCAAGGGCCACGCCCACUCCGCCAACACCCACUGGUACAAAAGGUCAACGGCACCUGGAAGUUUGCCGGUCUGCGCCCGGACAUUCGCUGGUCCGAGUACGACUUUGACCAAAUCUUUGCCGGUGGCAGGGAGAACUUUGGAGAUGCCCAAUAA